UGUUUCAGGAUCACUACCACCGCUGCCUGUAUGAUGGACCUGAGAAGGUAUCCUCUGGAUGAGCAAAACUGCACACUCGAGAUAGAGAGUUAUGGCUACACUACAGAUGACAUUGAGUUCUACUGGCGGGGAGGAAACGGGGCUGUGACGGGGGUGGACAGGAUCGAACUGCCCCAGUUUGACAUUGUGGAUCAUAAUCUAAUCUCCAAGAAUGUCGUCUUCUCCACAGGUUCUUACCCUCGUCUGUCCCUGAGUUUUAAGCUGAAGAGAAACAUUGGGUACUUCAUCCUGCAGACAUACAUGCCUUCCAUACUUAUCACCAUCCUCUCUUGGGUCUCCUUCUGGAUCAACUAUGACGCCUCUGCUGCCAGAGUGGCUCUAGGAAUCACCACUGUGCUCACCAUGACCACCAUUAACACCCAUUUGAGAGAAACCCUCCCCAAAAUCCCCUAUGUCAAGGCUAUCGACAUGUACCUCAUGGGCUGCUUCGUCUUCGUCUUCAUGGCUCUGCUGGAGUAUGCGCUGGUAAACUACAUCUUCUUUGGACGGGGCCCUCAACGUCAGAAAAGAGCAGCUGAGAAACUAAGUGUAGCCAACAACGAAAAGAUGAGGAUGGAUCCAAACAAGUGGUUGGUGGGGAAUGUAGUUGGCAGAGAUGAUACUCUGUAUGCAAGAAUGAAACAAAGGGAUCUUGAUGGUCAUGAGUCGAUGUGGGAACCAAUCUUUGUGGAUGACGCAGCAAUGGGACUUGGCGAUCAACGGAAUAAGAUGGACCCACAUGAAAACAUUCUUUUGGGCACCCUGGACAUCAAAAAUGACAUGGGCGUUACCGAGCUGGCACUGGGUCUCAAUGACCCAAGAAAUACUAUGCUGACAUACGACAGCUCAACUCUACAGUACCGCAAAACAGGGCUGGCCAGGCACAACUAUGGCAGAAACACGCUGGAGUGCCACAUGACUCAAAAGAAGAGCCGACUACGGAGGCGCGCUUCUCAGCUAAAAAUCAACAUCCCAGACUUGACUGAUGUAAACUCUAUUGACAAGUGGUCGAGGGUGAUCUUCCCAACUGUCUUCACCUUCUUCAACGUUGUUUACUGGCUUUAUUAUGUCAAUUAAAGGGGAAUAAGGACAUCAGUGAAGGCAAGAACAAACAGCAAAAUACUUAGGUCAUUUGUUGUUUGUUUCUGGUUUGUUUCAUUUUUAUGUGAUCUUGUAAUACUGGACUGAAAUACUAUAUUCAGGACUGGAUCCAUCAUAACUUGGAAUACUGCAUUUGCUGGCUAACACGUGAAAACCUUAUAGAAGAGAGAUUACAAACAUAUAAGGUGCCUGUUCCCGACUAUUUGUUUAAAUUUUACAUGUUUGGGAAAUUUGUAUGUUCACACUUUUUUUAAAUGUUUGUUUGCAUAUUGUUUACGUUUGUAUUACUUUGAAUUUACAGAAUACAUAAUUCAUUGCCAAAAUAUCAUAUCAUUCAGAUUCAAAAAUGACAAGAUGACAUAUCUAAAGGAUUUGUUUACUUUCACUGAAACUACUCAAAAAGUGCUGGAGCAAAUUAACGUCAGCAGGGUUUUCUAAGGUUAUCUGUGUCAAUUUACUCAAACUAAUUUUCCUAUUAAUAUUACAAGGGCCUGAUGUUCAAUAUUUACAAUAUCAUGUAAUGUAAAAUAUAUUUUAGAUCAAACAUUUUCUACUUUCUACUAAUAAACUGGCAGCCCUGUAUCAUUUAUUUCUAAGUAUUUUCUCAGUUCAUAGACCAUUUAAAUAGGGUAACAAUGAGAAAUAUCAACUAAGAACAUUCCAAAACGUCCAGGUUUGAACUCAAUUGCACUCAAAAGCCUGUUGAAAGUCAAAAAUGUUAUAAUGUAAAUAAGCAUAAAGCUAAUACAGCCAAUGUGGAUUGUCAUUAGUUUAUCUGUCCACUCUGUCCAUUGGAAGAGAGUAAAGAACAGAAAGAGAGAAACAAAUGUAGUAAAGGAAUCUAAUGUUUGUGUUUAGCCAAAUUGGAUUUACAUAUAUAUUAUUAUAAUCAAAAUGUUGACCUUCACCUCAAAGUCCAUUCACACAGUAUGGAUGUCUUUGGGGAUGAUUUGUCUGAAGAAAGUAGUUUAGUCUAUAACUGUUUAUGUAAACAUCACCUGUAUACCUUUUAGUAUAUCUAUAAUAUGACCAAAAAUUGUCUGACUUCAGCCUUCUAUUCCCAUUUUCUUGGAAACAUAUUUACCAACUCAGAAGAAAAUGUCCUCAAAUGCCGAAAAGGCACUUUCUCGGUUCAAGAAGAACACGGAUGGUAAAGCUUAAAACUGACGCCAUUGAUCCUGCCAGAAGGCAAAAAAGCACAAAUAUCAGCUUUUAAGACAAUAUUUAAAUAUCAUUUUUUUAUGCUAGGUUUUUCGUUUUGUUGCCAAUGACUUUAUAUAUGUAUCUGCCUCCAAAGCUAAAAUAUUAUAAUCACAAUUUAAAGCCAAUAAGUCAUUUUUUCCAGAUUGAAAAUGAGUUGAUGGUCAUAGCCUUUAGUCCACAUACAACAGGUAAUUACAGAUUAUUUACAAAUGAUGCUGUACUUUUGACGUUGUGUACACAAUGAAGAUUUUAUAAAGGAUUUUGCACACAAGUUCUUAAAAGCCAUAGAGGCUGUACCUAGUUCUUCACAUACCUGGUGCUUAUGUGGGCUAUCUUAAAAGGAAUUUUAUUAUUAUGACUACAAUCAUACUUGUUUCAGUUCCAACAAAGUUUAAAUGUAGGAAAACACGACUAGGGCUGCGAUAAAGAGUGUACCAUCCCUCUUCCCAUUGAUUUUCCACACUGCCCGUAUGAAUAAUUCUGCUGUUAUAGCCUCUUUUAUUGCAUAUAAGUACAGUCAAUAGAUUUAAGGAAAAUAGGAAACUUCAAACAUAUUUCAAAGAUAAAUUGAAAUGAUAGGAACAAGAGCUUUUGCAUUGUUUGUCUCAAGUGCUUCUUUCGAGUUCACCUAAAACAACAAAGUUCUCACUCAAAGGAUGAAUAUUUACUUGUAUGCCAUUCAUUUUGAUUGUGAUGGUUUGAGUAAACACUUUGAACAUUUAUAUUGUAAUUCUUUACUUAAAAUGUAGCCACAUACAGUUAUGUCUCACUGCAUGAUCUGUAAAGUAGUAACUCUUUGAUAUUCUGUUUUUAUCUCACUUUCUCCUUUUCUCACUGAACUGUUUCAUUUCAUUUGUGCUUUUUGUGUUCAAUUGACCUCGCAAAUGAGCAUACAUGAUUCUGUAAUUGCAAUUUAUAAAAAGUAUGUCUAAUGGAUAUUUCAAAUAUUGAUGAUGGUAUAAAAGAUAUUUACAUUUUUCUAAUAAGCAUUUACAGCUGAAACUGUUUUAAGAAUAACACAAUAAUGCAUUUUUACAAGCACUGCCCAACAACUCCAAUGGAAACUUUGAUUAAACAGUGUGCAUAGUUUUAACCUACAUUAACCUCACUGGUGUUUACAUGUCAUCCAAAUUAACCAUUUUCACAUUGUGUUGAUCUAGGAAUUGAAAUCUGCGCAUUGUGUGUAAAUUAUAAAGUCUCGUUUUGGGAGUUGUUUAA